UUGCAAGAGGAUUUUCUAUCUCUCUUUCUCUCUCCCCUUCUUUUGGCUUUGCCUCGAUCACAUGGUGGGAAGCGGAAAACAAAGAACAAGCCGCGAGCCUUCCCUAUUGAAUGAUAAUUAGGAGAUGAAAUAUAUAUCAAUUUGAUUUAAGAGCGCGCGCACACCCACAAACAAACAAACAAACAAACGCUCUUGGAAACCGUCAUGGCAUUCGAGGAGACGCAAUAAGAAUUCCUGGUCCAGUUCAAGGGGGAAAAAAUGUGGCACGAUCGGAGGGAUCGGUUGAGGAAAAGAAGUCACUGAGGAUCCUGCUCUCUUUAAGGUUUCCUGGUGAGGGGAUGGAAGUGCACGACACCAGAGCCUUAGGAUUCUUCUAGGGAUGCAACCCUAACCAUACACGCCACUCCUAGACAAAGGUGCCGCUCAAUCCUCCUAAUCCGGUGUUUUGUAGAGGGUAGAGUGCUGGACUAGGACCAGGGAGACCUGCGUUCAAAUCCCCACUCAGCCAUGAAGCUCACUGAUUGACCUUGGGCCAGUCUCACCUACCUUGCAGGGUUGUUGAGAGUAGAAAAUGGGGGUGAGGAAGGAACACGAAAUGUAACCCGCCUCGAGCUUCUUGGAGAAAAGAGGUUCCUGAGACAAUGGAACAAGAGGAGAAGCCACGGAUUCUAGGAUUGGAGAACGCUGAGACUUCCUCGGAUGCCCACUCAGAGGGUUCCAGUGCAACAGUAAAAGUGAAGGAGGAAGAAAAAGAGGAAGAGGAAGACCCCUGGGUACCCAAUCUCCAGGGCUCUGAGGAAAGUGACAUUUGCCCAGGUGCCCUCUUAGGGUUCCCUGAUACGAAGUUAAAGGUGAAAGAGGAGGAAGAACCAUGGGUCCCGGAUCAUGAGGCUCCUGAGGAAAACAAAGCCUCCCCAACAGCCCAGUCAGGGUUUCCUGAUGUAACAGUAAAGAUGGAAGAAGACAAGCCAGGAGUCCCCAAAAGUGAAGGCUCAGAGGAAAGCGAAGCUGUUCGAGUGUCCUGCUCAGGGCUUCCUGCUGUGACAAUAAAGGUGGAAGCAGAAGAGGAACCGUGGGUGCCAAAUCAAGACAACGAGGAAGGAUUUCCUGGUGUGAUAAUAAAGGUGGAACCAGAAGAGGACCCCUUGGUCUCAGAUCUCCAGGCAUCUCAGGGAAGCACAAUUGUCUCAGGAACCCAGCCAGGCAAUGGUUACAUGAAAGAAGAAGGGGAUUUUCUGCCAGGAAGCGCAAAGCACAUGGAGCAUACUGGAGCAUCAUUAGCAGUGGCCAGAGGAAGCUUUUUCCGGAGGGCCAAUCAGUACAGAACAGAAAGGCAGCAGGGAAGCCAUGCAGGGAAAAGAGCCGGCAAGAAACCCUACAAAUGCCCUAAUUUUGGGAAAAUCUUCAUCUGGAGAAAAUACUUCCUUGCCCAGGAGAGAGGCCAUACAGGAGAGAAACUGUACACAUGUUCAUAUUGUGGGAAAACCUUCAAUGGGAGAUCGUAUCUCCUUGCCCACGAGAGAACCCAUACCGGAGAGAAACCGCACAAAUGCUCGCUUUGUGGGAAAGGCUUCAAUGUAAGGUCUUACCUUAUUGCCCACUGGAGAACUCACACAGGAGAGAAGCCCCACAUUUGUUCAUUUUGUGGGAAAAGCUUCAGUGGAAGAUCAAACCUUAAUAGACACCAGAGAAGCCACACGGGAGAGAAGCCGUAUACCUGCUCCGUCUGUGGUAGAAGCUUUAGUCACAAGGCACAUAUGAUCAGGCAUGAAAGAAUCCACACGGGAGAGAAGCCCUACAAAUGUUCACAGUGUACGAAAAGCUUCAGCCAGAGUUCUACCCUCAUUUCACAUGAGAGAACCCACACAGAGAAACCAUACAAAUGCUCGUACUGUGAGAAGAGCUUCAGCCAAAGCGCUAAACUAGCCACACAUGAGAGAACCCACACGGGUGAGAAACCAUAUGAAUGUCCAGCUUGUGGGAAAGGUUUUAAUCACAGGUCGGAUUAUAUCAUACACGAGAGAACCCACACGGGCGAUAAACCAUAUGCGUGUUCCAUCUGCGGGAAAGGGUUCAGUGGGAGAUCCAAUCUUACGAGACACGAAAGAAGCCACACGGGAGAGAAACCAUAUCUCUGCUCAGUUUGCGGUAAAGGCUUCUGCCACAAAGCGCAUCUCCUCCGCCAUGAGAAAAUUCACACAGGAGAGAAACCCUACAAAUGCUCAGAUUGUGGUGAAAGCUUCAAGCACAGAACAGACCUCAUUGGCCACGAGAGGAGUCAUUCAGGAGUUAAGCAGUAUACCUGCACAGCCUGUGGGAAAAGCUUCAGUGGGAAGUCGAACCUUAACAGACACAAAAGAAGCCACACAGGCGAGAAACCCUAUACAUGCUUGGUCUGCAGCAGGAGCUUUAGUCAUAAAGCACACCUGAUUAGACACGAGAGAAUCCAUACAGGGGAAAAACCAUACAAAUGCUUGCAAUGCAUGAAAAGUUUCAAUCAGAGCUCUACCCUCGUAGCUCAUGAGAGAACUCACACGGGAGAGAAACCGUAUAAAAGCUGAGCGUGGAAAAUACCUUCUGUUUUGGAAUACAAAUCCUAGAGAUUGUGAAGCGGUUGUGUGUAUUUUGCAUUUAAAAUGUGUAUAUCCCCUUCGCCAAAUUUUAGACAAAGAGGACAUUUAAAAAAAAUAUAAGUAAAUAGAGUAAAAAUAUGAGGGGGGACAUGAUAGUCACCCCAUAGGCUUUCUACAAACUGAGGCCUUGUUCAAGAUUUUUCCUUAAUAAUAAUAAAAUUUUAUUUGUUA